CGAUUACAAGUACCGAAAGAUAUCAAACACAGAUACAGGUUUAAUUUCACCUUCCCUGUGCCCGUCUUAAUUUGUGGGAAUUUCAAUUCAUCACUGAAAUUUACAAAUCCUUUAUCCUUACCUCUGUCUAUAGUGUUGGGACAACUGCAAUUGUGUGGAGGAAUCGACAAAGAAGAAGACAGUUUUUCUGCUUCCAGUUUGUCAUCUCAAAUUCAUUUUCGUCCUGUCUAUUUCUUCAUAUUGUUUUUGGUGUGGUGGGCAUAUUUCCCGGGUCGCAACAGCGUAGAUUAUGGCUUUGUGUCCUGUUAAUCUUGAGAUUUCGAUCUGUUCUAUAGGCUCGUACCUCUGUAUCCUUGAGUUCAAAGGAGACAGGAUCCAAAGUCUGGUGGAUGAACCAAAACCGUGUGACCAGAGCGUGAUUAACAGCUAUGUGAUCUUCUGGGAUCAUAGAAGCGGUAGAGGAUCGUUCUCGGCCAGGGUCUAGCCCUGUCUGGGGUGGUCACAUGGUUGUCUGACAGACUCCUAACUCUUUUUCCACUUUGUUUUUCAGAUUUUUUUUUUUUUUUUUGUAGGUUACAUUGGUCUGUCAUUCCUGAGAAUAGAAGUAUGUCAAAGCAACUGGCAUUUCAAAAUUAAUCCCAGCUAUGCUUAGUUGGGGAUGAGCAGUGAACAGUUGAAAUGAGCAGGGUCAUUGCCAUUUGUU